CCGGCACAUACUUAUCCCAUCUUCGUUUUUUCAGGCAAGAACCUGACGGGUAGCUGCUGCCUAGACCCCAGUCUCUCAGACAGGUCAAGUCAGUUGUGCCGACACUUCUGCGUCAGGGUUUCUUUGUUCAAAAGAGACCUUCACUUCCUCCCGACACACAUUCACUGCUUUUAAGGAGAUUUGUUGUUACCGCCUGGUUCUGCCUGACCCGUUCCUCAUCAUGGCUUCCAGGCGUGCUUCCUGUUCCCCUCCAGAUCCUCCUCGUCGUACCUUCAGCAACAUCUCAACGGAGCUCACCAAUACGCCAUCCCUUAUUUACAGCGACUGCAGUAGUUCUGCGUCCGAGGACAUGAUGGCGAUAGGGAGCGACCCGAACCAUGUUAGCGAUGUGAUGGCUGAAGCGUUGGAUCAUCUCGAUAGGGUGGUGGAGCACCUUAGAGGCGAAGGAGAAAACGAGGCAGCGAAUGAGAUUGCCCGCGAUGUGCAUUCCAUGCUGGAGACCUUCAAUCAGACCACAGCUCCUUGGUCGAUGCAAAAGUUCCAGAUGAAGACUGUCCCUGCGGCCAAUGCUCGACAAGUCAGUAUCCAUACCACUGCCACUGCCACCGCAUCUACAUGGGCAGCCGUUGCCGCUACCGACAUACCGAGAAACAAUCGUUUGGUCAAAUUCCGUCCGUCUGAUGGACUGAAGCGACAAAUCACAGAGGAAGAGUUGCCCAAGGACGAAGACUUUCGUUGCGUAUGGAUAUAUGGUUGGAACAAGGAUAGACCGUUGGGUAUUGUGACCGAACGUAUCAGUUACGGCGCCAUCUUCUCAAUGGUAUACGUGGAACAGCACCAGGCAGCUUGUGUCAUUUUUCAGUAUGCCAGCUCAGCCAUGGCACUUGUCGAUGAGGAUUCACGUUACCGUCGCGACUGUGGAGUGGGUCUGUUCGGACCUAACACCAUGAUCAAGUUUGGCGAGGCCUAUCCGGAAAACGCUGAGCUCCAGCGAAUGUCGGCCCCAAUCAAUGAGCGGCGCCGUCUCACCUUUGCUCGUCAGCAGCUUUUCACCAAUGGCAUGAACGAGCAACGCUUCAAAAAGGACCUCGUCGAGAUUGUUGGAGAACAGAACGUGGAGUUGGUUUGGCUUUUUAACACUGGCAAUGGUAGGUCCUUCCGUGGUGGCUGAUGCUCUGUCUGAUCAAAGACUAGCCACGGUCGUCUUGUCGUCGACUGUCAUUGCACGUCUUGUGCGGGAUGAUUUCAUUAAGCGUUCGCGAAAACCUGGUCCAUAUCAGGAUGUCCAGGUUGGGUUCAGUCAUGACCCAUGCGAACGUCCUUUGAAUUUGAUCACCCAGAUCCCGUAUCCAAGCAAUGGUCGAGAUCGCCGUGACAGUGCGGUAUCAGCUUCAAGUGCUCGGGCUUACAAUCCAACUGCCAUGCAUUUCGCGCCAGGAAAUGUCAAUCGGGGCAGAAAGGGAACCGACCCCGAUGGUUGGCAGACCGUCCAGAGAAAGCGUUGAGCUUCCGAGUUCACCAUGUAGGCAUGGUGCCUGAGUACAUCGGUCAAGGCGGGAGAAAGGAUACGGCAACUAGGGGUAUAAGAAGAUGGCCUUCGAGAGGUUCUUCCCUAAUAACAACAUGGGCCACUCAGCUGUCGUGCUAUCAAGAGGAAGAGAGCGCAAGCCAAGGAUUGACCUCAUCAUAUCUCUUGAGGUCCCGGGUACAGGAUGAACGAAUCAUGACAAGCUGGCCAGCAGCUGUUCCUUGUACGUAGAAUUGAUAGGAUGAAUGGCCCAAGAUGCCAAACUCG